GCGAUACCUCGACUCGGUAUCUCGUCCGACCUCCUCCAAACAUAACCGGUACCAUCGCAUAGUCCCAUUCGACUUGACUAGUACCAUCUUCGUUUCUUCCGUUAGUUUUAAAAAGGCGCUUUAUCUAUAUGGUCGAAGGCAGUCGAAGAACGGCAAGUUAAAGUUAAAGUGGUGUCCGUCUUGUCUUGUCUCUCUAUUUGUCGAUCUAUGCCGCACGAUGCCUUCCUGUGCUAGCGGAGUUAUUUUGGUUUGUUUCAUCGGUUUGGUAGCAGGUAGACCUCAAGAUAAUCAACCGGCUCAAGAGUCCAGAACUGAACAUUCACAAGUUGAACUGGAACGUCAGUACGUAAGAGAUGUAACGCCUAUAUUCUUUCCAACAGAGGAGCGUCCACCUGCUUACCCCCAAAUUGCUCAAAGAAAAGUUCAAGAAAACACGAAAGAAAUACUGGAUAAAAUCGCCGAGGUUAACAAAAAGCAGGGACUUACCCAAAAAAAGUUCAAACCCAAUUACUUUCACUUUCCCUUUAGCUACUCCCGAUCUAAAAGUGAUGAGAACAACUUUAAAUUUUCCAGAGACCCCUUUUCGAACCCCAUUUUGGAUUACGUGGAAAACCGGGAUACGCCUAGGUUUAGAACCCCUUACCUGGAGAAAAACAAUGAAUAUAACGGCGGCAGUUUUACUGACACAAAUCCAGAAAUAUUACCGGAAGAUCACAUCCCUGGCCAACAGAUCAAAAGAAAAAUUACCCAUUAUCAAUCUUUUGUGAUUCCCAACCCUUACAUGAUGGGACCUCAAAUUAAUCCCAUGAACAUGAACCCUUUUAGCAACCAGGCUGCACCAAAUCCUGAAACGCAACCCGCAGACACUAUAAACAACAUUAAACAAAUACUUUCAGGCAAUUUACAACCACCAAGUCAAGCGUCACCCUCUCCACUCCAAACAGUACCAAAUAAUCCUUAUCAAGGUCUUAUGGAGCAGCAAUUUGCUAUGCAGCAACUCUUUGGGGCAAAUCCUUGGACUACCGAACAACAGAAAAACCAAUUAAAUCAGCAAAACUAUUUGCAACAAAUGUUUGGAGCUGUAGCACCUAAUAAGCCCGCAGAUGUUCCAAAUCCUGUUAAGGAACCAAACAAGGGUACUCACAGCAUAAAUGAACAACAAGCAUACCUUCGAUACCUACUUGCCAUGAAAAACCCGCAAGAUAACCAAAUAAAAGCUCGUCAAAACUGGAACUGGCCUGGAGCCAACUGGUUUCCUAUUUACAUCAGAGAUCCCUUCCUCCAGAUGUACUAUGCCGUUACUAACAUGAUAGAAUAUGGUCCGAACUCGGGCAAUGAAGGGCCAUGUAAGCUCACCCCCAGACCUCAAGGCUCCAGGGUAAAACCCGGACCGAAAACUGCUUCUUCAGAUGCCACUCAUAAUACAGACCAAGUAACCGUUGAAGUGAAUAAACGUGAUGGUGAAGAUGACAUUCAAAUAGUGAAACUCAGUGAUCCAUUGGUUGAUAAUACUCGAUAUCUGGAUGUGGAGGAUAUCGAUUUGGGCGACGAUGAUCUUGUGAAGUUUACUAUUAACCUUCCCAAUAGUGACCCUCCAACUUCGGGAGGAAGGAAACUAAAGGACAACCUUAAAACAGAAAAAAUGAGAUGGGAGGAGUAUAUAAAACUUAGAAAUGACACGACGCUAUCUCACCUAAUCGCCGACAAGCUUAAUUUGGCUCCAACGGUGCCAAUCGAGUCCAAACAAGCACCGCAACCUUCACCGGUAAUAAAAGAACCGGAACUGCAUGUAGAAGAACUGGAAGAUACCGUGCCGGAGGAAUCAGAAAAAGCCGAGGAUAUCAGCAUCGCCAACCAGGGUUCCAGAAAGGUUUUUAGCAAGGACAAUACCGGCAACGGCAUUUUCAUUCAUAAACUGAAAGUCCGUAAAGGUGGAGUUGCUAUAGCCGGGCCUGGAGGUAUCGCUACAGCCGGCAGCGGAGGUACUGCCAUUGUGGGACCCAAUGGGAUCGCGUACACUCAUCCAAAUGGACUCGCUAUCGCUGGAUCUGGCACGAAAGUCGUCGCUGUAGAUCCGAAGGUCGACUUAAAUGAAGUUAUUAAAGACAGCGUGCAAAAUGGAACACACCAAGUUAAUACGAGGGUGGGUAAAGUGGUCGCGGUUGGACCAGUGGUUUAUUACAAUAGAGGGGACUUAAGAUACCCCUAUCAAGCUUGGUUACCGUAUUCCUCUCUUCCACUUCUACAGCUUGGGAAUCCCACUACUACCUCCCACGUAGAGCCUCUAGCUUUUCAAAUCAACCGCUUCCCCAAGUACCACGCUCUAUCCAGUCCGAAAGUGCUCGAAGAAUAUCGACAACUCUUAAAAAAACUUGACCUGCAAGAGCCAAGACAUUUCUUUACUGCAGCACAAAAUAAGGACGUGAAAAAGCUGAAUCUUGUAAAUAUUGUCAAAGACCCUAAGACAGUGAUCAACAGGCCAAUAGAAGAACAGAGAAAUUUUCAACCGACAAAAGCUCCCUCUCUAGCACCGCACCGUCUAAGUCCUCUGCUGACCUACAUAAAAAACAAAAACACCCUGGAACAGGAUAAAAUAAUUCGCUUCAGGACCUCGAACGUAAUUACCGAAGACGACAUAACCACUUUGAUACUGAAACCACAAUCUACGGCCGUGGCGGGUGUCGAGGGUAAAGCGGUUUCGAACCCGUUAUCGCGAGCCAUCCUCAGGAGGGGUGUCAACGCGGAUAUCCUGUUUGAACCGCAGGCGGUCGCAGUGGCGGGUCCUGGAGGUAUCGCGCAUGCUACUCGGAUAACGUUGGUCCCAUUUUACGGAGGAGCCAAAGGUCAAUCGUUGCAAAUAAUCGAGGGACCCAACGGCGAAGUUCUUUCCACCGUCAUAAUCAAAACCCCUUCCACACUACCGGCACCCUCUCAAGAGACCGAAAUAGAGAUAAAUCCAUUAGAUCUAGAAAAUCCACCGCUUCCUUCCAAGUUUGAUACGGAAUACUACGAGGGCUACGACGAGUACAUCCGAAACAUUCGUAAUAAAGCUGGAAAAAUAAUUCAAUUGCAAGAAAUUGCGAAACGCAAUGGUAACCUGGAUGAACAACAAGAAAUAAUGUAUCAAGAAUACAUGGCGUCGAUUAAUCAAUCGGCCAAGAAGCUCGCGGAGGCACAAGAGAAUGCCGGAUUGGGAUUCGAAAAUAGAGAGGGUCUGAGCCAGUGGUUCGAGCGAAAGAGCAACAAUCAAAGCAAUAAAAAUAAAAAGAAAGAGGACGAGAAGCAAAAGAAGAAGAAGGAGGAAGACGAGAAGCGAAAGAAACAGGAGGAGGAAGAGAGAAAGAAGAAGAAGCAAGAGGAGGAGAAGAAGAAACAAGAAGAAGAAGAAAACGAGGGGGGAGAGGAAGUAGGCGGAGACGAUGGGGUGGCCAUCAACUUGCCUCCGCCGGAAGCCUCGGUCGCCGAGGCAAAGCCCGUUGGAUUAGCCGUUGCAGGUGAAGGAGGUGUGGCAGCAAGUAAACCGAUUGCAACGGCUGUUGUAGGUCCAGGUGGUUUGGCAAUAGCUCGACCUGUAGGUACUGCUAUAGCAGGAGUAUCUCCGGACCAAGCCUUGGUACCCAUUUACGUGGAGGGAGGCCAUAAGAAGACUGGUUCCAAAAAGACCGAUCAGAUGAACGAGUUUUUAAAUAAGAUUAUUAGUAAAUAUCAUCAGACAUAAGUUAUGAUGUUGAAUUAUUUCAAAUAUAUUAAUUUAUUUUAAAA